CGUUGCAGCACUCACCGCCUCCCGAGUUCAUUGGUCCCAUUGGACGUCCAACAGUUAAGGACUUUUUCCUGAAAAAAUCAGUUUAGGUAAAAGCUGGCAUUGGCUUCACAUUUGAGGGCAAAAAUUCCUCCGGGAAUGAAAACGGAAAAUCAGUGCCCAGAAGACAUGAAAAGCAAGGUCAAAGGCCUUCGUGCUGCUCAUUUUGGGACCACCAGAGUGUCUCUUGGAGGGGUACCAUCACAGCAGGUGAAGCAGGAGCCCGACGAGGGCCUGGGCCGAUCCUGGGAGAUCCAGUUGGAAGACUUUCCCAAAGUAGGUCAGUCCCCACAGUCUGGACGGGGAACCCUUCAACUGCUAGAUCCACCCCCCUGGGAUGGCACCAAGGCAUUUCUUCCGUCUUUCAAGGUAGCUGCAGAAACUAGCCAGGGAUCUCAAGAAAGAAAGGCCCUUGAACUUGCUUCGGGGCUCCAAAAGGGUGUCUUGAGAGCAGCCAAGGACGAAGUCUCAGGGGACGACGGCCCGAGCAGAGACGCUCUCCGACGGCUCUUCCGGGAGUUCCGAUACCAGGAGGCGGAGGGACCCCGUGAGGCCUGCGGGCGCCUCUGGUACCUCGGCCAUCGGUGGCUGAAGCCGGAGAGAUUCUCCAAAGAGCAGAUCUUGGAACAGGUGAUCCUGGAGCAAUUCCUGACCAUCUUGCCGUCCGAGGUCCAAAGCUGGACGAGGCGAAGUAAUCCGGAAACCUGCUCUGAAGCUGUUGGCCUAGCGGAGGACUUCCUGCAGAUGAAACAAGAGAUGGAGGCUGAGGAACAAAAGCAAAUGGAUGUAGAAGCUGAGGCCGAGACCUCUUGCUUAGCUGCUACAGAGUUCUUCUCUUUGUCCGACUCUCUCCCGAGCCCUACGGAUGUUGACCUUCCCUCUCCAGAGCCCCGGCGGAGGAGGGACGCCUGGUCACGCAAGGAGACCAUUGCUUUCAUUGACAUCUGGAGAGCGGAGGACAUCCAGAUGGCCUUGGGCCAACAAUACCGAAAUAUGAAGCUCUUUGCGUGGAUUGCAAACCGUCUGCGUGAGCGGGGCUUCGAGCGAGACGCGGAGCAGUGCCGGAGCCGGGCGAAGGACCUCAAGCGGGGAUACAAAGAAAUUAAGUGUGGCAACCUCCAUUCGGGACGGGCCCCCAAAACAGCCCCGUAUUUUAAGCUUUUGGAGCAGUUCCUGUGCCUCCGGAAGGGCAUCGUCUGUGGGAAAGUCUGUGGGUCCGGCGUGGUGGAACGCCUGGAUAAGCGGCGCAAAAGGCUUCCCCUCAAUCCCAUGGCGGCCACCCAGAUCGCCCGCGAAGCCCUCUCGGCCACCCCAGACGCCACCGAGAAGGGAGGGUUCAAGCGGCGGCUUGUCGCGCCAUCGCUCCGGGUGGGUUUGCCCAAAGAAAUUCAGAAAAGUCCUGGCAAAGAGAUUCGAGAAAUCCCCACUGACCAAAGGCAGAUGGCUGAGAGCACCCCAAAAGACGAGGGCGCACAGAUUGUGGAGAAAGAGGACUCAACCCGGGGGGCUCGUGUUUCAUUGCCCUCCAAGGAGAUUCCGAUUGAACCUCAAGUGGCAGAGGUUGUGGAAGAGCCCAGGAGAGGGCUUGUUGGCGGCACGGAGCGUGUGUGCUACAGGCGGGAGCGGAACUGGAGGCAGCGCGUGGAGUCCACCAGGCGCUUGACGGAGUCCUCCUCCACCUCCUCCUCGUCUUCUCCCAAAGGGAAUCCUGACCUCAUGGAGGCCCUCCGCCAGCUGCACCAGCAGGACCUGCGGGCCUUCGAGACCACGAGGCGGGAGGAGCGGGCGGAGGACAAGCGGGAGCGUCAGCUGGAGAAGCGGGAGCGCGAGCAGGACCGGGCCACGACCCACCGCAUGAUCGCCGCCAUCGAGCGCUCGCACCAGACCCUGGCCGACCUCAUGGGGAGGCAGACCUCUGCCAUGGAGGCUAUCGCCACGGCCUUUUCCAGCCAGAGGCAUCCUUCCCUCGGCAACUUCCCGGCCUACAAUACGUGUCUUGGAUUCGUCCCGGUUGGGUCUUCUCAGAAAUCGGCCCCGAAUUCUGGCGAGAGGUCAGUCGAGACAUCCGGAAGCAACACGCCACCGCUACAUUUGCGAGCCCUGGGGGAGGAGCCUGGGGCAGACAUUCCCGCAGUGGCGCAAAAUGAUCCUGCAGAGCCCGACCCAGCCCAGCCCUUCCUCAGCCCUUCUGCUGGUGUCCCCACAGGCCCUGAUCCUCCAUUGAUCCCGAGUUCGAAAGGCAUCUCGGGGGGUCCGCCCACCCCCCCUCACCCCAUCAGUGCCAGUCCAAAGCGGGUCGCCAAGAGGAAGAAUUCUGACUGAGAUAAAUAUUGGGUCUGUGCACUUUUAAAUCUGACUACCACCACCCCUCCUCUCAGUCUCUUCCAAAUGAUCUUCCUCCAUUUUGAAUUAAAAAGAUGGAUUCUGUUGA